UCCUUGUUUGCACCCCCCGCCGAAGAGACUCUGGCGCUGCGCUUAAAAAGUCCAAAGUUGGACGAGGAUGUCCCGCAACCGAGGGCGGCGCCGCCCGCGGCUCGCCUAAAAUGUGACUAGCAAGGCGGUUGCUUUUCUGCGUUGUCUCCCCUCCGCGAGCGGUCGGAAACACCGCCGCGGGACUGACGAGUCGGCUCGCUAGCGCGCUAGCCGUUAGCCACGUAGCGAGCGGUCGCCACGGGACGCUCGACCGGGCCGGGUGCCUCCGAACGGCGCCCGUCGAGCGAACCGGGAACCGCUAGAGCGUCGAACAUGGAGAACCAGGACAAAGUGCAGAUGCGGAACCAUCCUCGCAGGCAAUUGAAGAAACUGAGCGAGGACAGCCUGACCAAGCAGCCCGAAGAAGUGUUCGACGUGCUGGAGAAGCUGGGUGAAGGGUCUUACGGCAGCGUCUUCAAGGCUCACUACCGGGAGACCGGCGAGAUCGUGGCCAUCAAGCAGGUUCCCGUGGAGUCGGACCUACAGGAGAUCAUUAAAGAGAUUUCCAUCAUGCAGCAGUGCAACAGUCCCCAUGUGGUACGCUACUAUGGCAGCUACUUCAAGAACAGUGACCUGUGGAUCGUCAUGGAAUACUGCGGUGCGGGUUCCGUCUCCGACAUCAUACGCAUACGCAACAAGACGUUGACAGAAGAUGAGAUGGCCAGCAUCCUCCAGUCGACGUUGAAGGGUCUGGAGUAUCUUCACUUCAUGAGGAAAAUCCACCGGGACAUCAAAGCUGGAAACAUUCUGCUCAACGCCGAGGGCCAAGCCAAGCUGGCUGACUUUGGCGUAGCCGGUCAGCUAACGGACACCAUGGCCAAGAGGAACACUGUAAUUGGGACGCCCUUCUGGAUGGCGCCCGAGGUGAUCCAGGAGAUGGGCUACAACUGCGUGGCAGACAUCUGGUCGCUGGGCAUCACUGCUGUGGAGAUGGCCGAGGGCAAGCCGCCCUACGCCGACAUCCACCCCAUGAGGGCCAUAUUCAUGAUCCCCAGCAACCCCCCGCCCAGUUUGCGCAAGCCGGACGCGUGGUCACCGCAAUUCCGCGAUUUUGUCAGCCAGUGUUUGGUAAAGAACCCGGAGAACAGGGCCACCGCCACACAACUGCUGCAGCAUGCUUUUAUCAAGGCGGCCAAGCCCGCCAGCAUCCUCAGAGCACUCAUCAGCGACGCCAUGGACAUCAAAGCCAAACGCCAAGAGGCGGAGCAAGAGGAUGACGAUGACAAUUCUGACGAGGACGAAGUGGACCAGGGCACCAUGGUGAGAGCGGGGUCUGGCGACUCGGCCACCAUGCGAAGCGUGGUUCGGCCAGACUCCCUUGAGGACCAGACGGGAACCGUGCGGUCGCAGCUGGGGACCAUGAUCAUCAACUCGGAGGACGACGAGGAGGAGGAGGAGGAGGCAGGCACCAUGAAAAGAACGGACGAGAGCUCGCCGCCUUCCAAGCCGUCCUUCCUGGAAUAUUUUGAGCAGAAAGAGAAGGAGGAGGCCAGCAGUCAAAAUGGAAGCCAGGCGUCAAAAGUGCUAUCGGAAGCUGAUCUCCGCUUGGUGAGCUCAUGGACAGCGGAGGAUCUGCGCGCCCGGCUAGCUGCUUUGGACCCACAGAUGGAGCAAGAGAUGGAGGAAAUCCGACAGCGCUACAGAGCCAAGAGGAAGCCCAUCCUGGACGCCAUCGAGGCCAAGAAGCGGCGACAGCGCAAUUUGUGAUCUCGUCCAAUGGCAAGAUUUUACACAGGCAGGUGGCAAAGGCACAAAAUAUUGUGAUGUCAUGUUUUGUAGCUACAAAUGAAUAUUUUUUGGAAAUACAUAUUACAUACAAUGUUUUUUUUGGGGGGGGGGGCACCAGUAUUUAAUAUAUGAAUUUUGUCAUGAACUUAUUCUAUUUUGUGCUCAGAAAAUACUCUUUCAUCCCCCAUGAUCUUAUGUUUUGUAGCCACGAAUUAAUGUUUUCGUGGCAAAACAUAAUAUGGUACUUUGUGGCCAUUGAAUUUCUUUGUGGCUCCAAAUGAGUGUUUUAUCAUAAGAAAACAGGAUUUUCUGCUUACAUAUUUUAUUAUUUGCCCCCGAUGUGCUUGUUAGCCACAAAAUCACUUUUUUUUUCGUGCAGUAUACCUCACUUUUCGGCAGCAGCUUACUAUUUGUAGUAAGCAUAUCAGAUUUUGUGGCCAUCGUCUAGUCAUUCUGGGUCCCAGGUUUGUAUUUUUGUGAGUUAUUUUUGUCUGGAAAUGUGGAUUUGCGCACUAUUUUGGAAGCGUUUCAGCUUUUUUUUUUUUUUUUUUUUUUUUUGGGGGGAGCCGCCGUCUUGGAAGUUGAACGACUACCGCAUUUGUCGCUUUUUGGUUGCUUUGAUGCAUGUGUGACGUUUGGACUUCAGGAAGCUUCUCAGGGUCAAAAUGCUGGUUAAGUCUUUGCCUGCCAUUGAUAAGGAUAGACGUUUAUUUUAGAUGGGAGAAUGAAUUUUUUUUUUUUUUUAAUCAUUUUUAUUUCCCUCUCUUAAAAGAAAAAAUGUCUUUUGCUUUUAGUUUUUGUCUUUAUUUACUUUUUAUUUUUGGUUCUAGUAAAAAAAAAUUUAAAACAAAAAAAAAAAAAAGAAAACCAGCAACAUGGUCUUAAUUGUUUACACAUUGAUUUUUUUAAAUGAGAGAACUAAACAUUUUUUCCCGAUUUUUGUUUCCCUAUUUUAAAAAAUAGGUCGGAAAUGUUAUAUAAAUAGUUUUCAUUUUUUUAAUGUAGUUUUAAUAAAACCCUUUUUUUUUUCAUUUUUGGAUGCAAUUAAAAAAACGUUUUUUUUUUUUUAUUUAAAAAAAAAAAAAGAAUUCAUGAAAGGGGGAAAAAUACUGAUGAAUUGCGGACAAUGAAUCUUUGCCCUUAAUUUUAUUUACAUAAAAAACAUGAAGUUGAUGGCCCACUAAUUACAAUCCUGGCCUAAAUAACAAUAUUUUCUUGUUCGUUUUUUUUUUUUUUUUUUUUUUAAUCAUUUUUAUUUCCCCCCUCUGAAAAGAACUUUUUUUUUUUUUUUUUUUAAAUUAUUUUUAUUUCCCCCCUCUUAAAAGGAAAAAAUAUAUUUUGCUUUUAGUUUUUGUCUUUAUUUACUUUUUAUUUUUGGCUUUAGUUUUAAAAAAACUGGAAAAACAGCAACAUGGUCUUAAUUUUUUACACAUUGACACAUUGAUUUUUUUUAAUGAGAGAACUAAAUAUUUUUUUCGCUUUUUGUUUCCCUAUUUUAAAAAAAUAGGUCAGACAUGUUAUAUAAAUAGUUUUCAUUUUUUAAUGUAGUUUUAAUAAAACCCUUUUUUUCAUUUUUGGAUGCAUUUAAAAAAAAGUUUUUUUUUUUUUUUUUUUUUUUAAUUAAAAAAGAUUUUAUUAAAGGGGGAAAAAUAGUGAUGAGUUGCGGACAAUGAAUCUUUGCCCUCAAUUUUAUUUACAUAAAAAACAUGAAAUUGAUGGCCCACUAAUUACAACCCUGGCCUAAAUAACUAUAUUUUCUUGUUCGUUGUUUUUUUUUUUUUUUUUUUUGGGACAUCAAGUGCCAUCAAUGGCAGCCACUGAGUUAACUGUUGCUGCCUUUUUGAAAAAGGGAACAUUAGUCGAAAACACUGGAUGUUAAAGGGAUGAAUUAUUAUUUUGUUUUGCACGAGCUUUUGUCUUACUGCUGCAAAAGAAGGCAACAAUUGCCUUUUUAGGUCCUUUUUUGUUUUCCGCCUGAAAAGCAACUUGAACUUUUUGUCUGACGAGCAGAUUGACUUUAUAGAGCUUGCAAGUUGCGCUGUUGAUGUUUUUGCGCCAUUCAAGAAAAUAAAGAUGAGAAAACCAGG